UUGGGGAGUUGGUAACACUGGUCAGUGUCACUGAAUUGAGUGAAUUUAAAUUUGAAUUUUGAUGAUUUGAUUCUUAAAUUUAAUAUUUACACUUGAUUUGAUUUGAUCGAAAUUAUUUUUAUUUUGGAAUCAAAGUAAAAGCACAUUCGACAUGCUGGAACUAAAAGGCAGUAAUUUAGGAAAAAGACAGCAAGAACUGAAUGAAGAAGUAUUGAAAACUGUAUCAGAAAAUGUAGAUUUUAACUUAAUCAGGGAUCUUAAUGAGCAAUCUGAUGUUGAUCGCUUAUAUAAAAUAGAUGUUGCUUCUUUUUAUAAGAAUAUUGAUUAUAUAAUACAAACUCUUAAAUGUGGUGAUACCUUGUAUAUUUCAAGGGCUCUCAAACAUUCCUGGUUAUAUGAAAAUGAAUACUCAGUAAUAAUUAAUCCACACUAUCUGCAUCAUCAAAUUUUUCCUUUUAUGUCAAAUAAAAUGAAAAAGAAAUUUUUAACUACUAUAUCUGUGCAUGUUAGAAAUGAAAAAAGAUCGGAAGAUUUCUACAAAUAUUGCCUAACAGAUAAAACACUAAACAACAUUGCUGAAAAAUUUUUAAUUUGGGCAUCUGAGCAACACAAAAUGGAAUUUAUAUCCAGUAUAAGAAAUAUUAGUGACAUAAAGAAGAUCACAAAUAUAAUUGGCGAUUCUUUUACUUUAGCUGAAGCAUAUCUGGAAAAAGAAACAAGUGAACACAGAAAUACAAAUAAGCAAGUACAUGAAUUUCGUUAUUUGAUUAAAAUUUCUGAUAAAAAGUACUUGGAUUUAAUGGAAAGAUAUACACAUUUAAAUAAACAGUUCCAUUAUUCACCCGCACCAAAAUUAGGGCUAAGGCUUUCUAAACAUAUUAUUACCAAGCACAAGGACAGAGUUUUAAGGAAUGUAAAGCUUUACUUUAACAAGCUAAACAUGAGUAUAAUAGCAAAACAUUCUUCUGUUGAUGAUGUCAAACAAUAUGCCUUUGCCCUUUUACCUAAUACUGCAAUAGAUUUUUGGUCAAUGAACUUUUAUGAAUAUUACAAGAAGAUAUUCAACAUUUUACCUCAAAAUGAAGUAUAUUUAUUUUUGAGACAGAUAUUUGUUUCAAAAUAUGGAAAUGAACCAUUUGAAAUGAGUAAAGAUUUCUAUGAUUUAAAAUAUUAUCUAAUUUUAACACGUAAUGAAAGGGAAAUGUGGGCUUUAGAACAUCUGAAGCAAAACAAUGAGUUACUCGGUCCAGAUAGUAAUUAUCUUUGGUAUCAAUUUGUAAACUACGAUCUAGCAUUUAGUGAGAUCAAAAAAUUAGUAGCUGUUUGUAGAGACCAUUAUAAAAGGUCAGAUAUGAUGAAUACUUUAAUUAACUCAGCAAUCAAUGAAGAGGAAUUAGAAAAGCUUUUAAGUUAUUACUAUAUCAGACAUGUUAAUGAAAAUGAGUACCAUAAAAUGACUUUCAUUGAUAAUGUAUGUGAAAAGAAUAACAUUUUCGAAUUUGGUGAAACUUGUUGGAAUGCUUUUAGUAAAAUAUUGUAUAGCACAAAUAUUUUCUCAUCAAAUAAUUCUUCUGCUGACAACAAGUACAAAAGUUUCAUGAUUAUAUACCAUGUUAUACAUGAUAAACAAAUUCCAACAGGUUUAGAGGAUUAUGUUACACACAAAAGCAAUGCUUAUAAUAUCAAAUAUGAUAAAGAAAGUCUGUAUAACAAAUUAACUGAUAAACAAAUAAAUCAUGUUUAUCAAACAUUUACUACUUUGUGUGUUAAUAAAUUGAUUAAUUUUGAUAAUCAAACAUAUGACACAAUAAAAGAUCAGGCAAGAGAAAUAAUUGAUUUUGCUUUAGUUAUCAUGGAGACAUUUGACAAGAAAAAAGAUGAUUGUCCAGAUAUGAUCCUGAAAUAUGUAACAAAAGAUUGGGCUUACUAUAAAGGCUAUUACUUGUUUGCAAAAGAAAACGAAUUUACUGAAGCCAAAUUGUUAAAACAACUGAAACUAGAUUUUAAACUACUCCUUACAAUAUUUCCACAUCUAUCUUCAAAUUCCUAUUCGACUGUAAGAAUUAAUAAUUUGUUGAAAAAAAUAAAAAUAUACUUUCCAAAUGAUCUAGGCAAUGAUUGGCUUUCUUGUUUUGAAUCAAUAUUAGAAAGUGGAGAGCAUCAAAGUGCCUUGUUAAAUGCAAUUGUUGUUGCUAUAUUCCACAUAGGAAGCAAUGAUUAUAAAAAAUCGUUUGUAUCCAAAUAUGUACCAGAAGAUUCAAAGAUAUCCUAUGAUAAGAUUGAUAGAAAAAUAUUGACUAUUCAAGAAGGAAUUUGUCGUUACGCAUUAUACUCGCGUCCUCCUGUACCAUUGGAAUAUAUUUUGCCAUACAUUAAAGGAGAUUAUGUCCAUUAUUGUUUACCAAUGUUUGGGUCAUACAUAAACAAUCUGCCAAUGCCAGAGUGCAUAAAGUUUGUUUCUGCUAUUUUGAAUACACCUGUAUCUAUACAAAAACAUGGCUUACGUUUAGCAUUUCAAUGUUUUAGUGUCGAGGAUUUGACGAACAUAAUCAACAAUGUUUGGAAAUCAACGAAAAAUGUGUCGUUACGAAUGACUAUAUACAAAGCACUUUUUGAAAAAAUUAAAAAUGUCGAUCAGAAUACCCAGAUAAAACUUUAUGAAGUUCUCAAACGAAUAACAUUAGAUUUGCAUGAAGAAGACGAUGAUGUUGUGUUUAGUCUUUUAACACAAUUCCAUUUAGUAGAACAAAAAGGAGACUUCUUACAAAAUGCUUGGAUGACUGUCCAAAAUUUGCCAAACAAUAAAUAUAAAAAUAUCCAAAGAAAACUGAUGGUAUUAAAUGAAAUCAAAAGAGAUGUUGGGAUUAUAGAUAGAGAAUUUUGUCGUACUGUUAUACUUGAUGAAUUUGUUGACUCAAUGUUAACUGAUAAACAUAUUGGUGACAUUUUUCAAAAUAAUGAAUUGAAACAUCUCAUAAAUUCGAAGUGGAAACUUGCUGCUAAAUAUGUAGUUUAUGCCUAUUAUGAUCAAAUAGAAAGAAGUCAAGAACUCUUACAAGUAAUUUUACAUAGAUGUAAUGGAUUGUGGAAUAUAACAGAUGAUGGUACCUAUACAUCAAGGAAAUUUAUGUUCUGGUUUAUUUCUGAAAUUUUACAAUACACCCAUUACUAUACAAACAACAAAACUGAUUCUAUACCCAUAUUGGAGUAUAUUUUGAAGAUGGUUUCCAAUUUGCUGCCUGUUACCCAAAUAUACCUGCUAUACGUAAAAUUGAAUUUAACGAUUAUUUCGAAAAAAAUAAUAGGAUCAAAUGAGUGUGAUUAUGAUCAUUUAGUUCCAGAAAAUAUAGCCAGUGGGUUGGCUGCUGCAGUUGAUAUGUUCUUGCACGAUCUCAAAGCUAAGAAUAUUCUUUACUUGAGUUUAAUGAAGGAUAUUGGCUCAUUGCUACGUGAUGCUAUCGAGAGUGUGUGUUUCGGUACAAAUAUAGAUAGCGUAGAUAACCUCGUAACACUACUGAGUUAUCAUUUACUUGAAUCACAACUAUCAGAAAGUCAUCUUCUUGCUCUUUGCAUGCUGCCUCGAGAGCAGCCUGAGAGCACUCACACGUGGCUCAAUGUUAUUAGCAAAAUUCAAAAUGGGGACAAUGAAGAAUUAAAGGUUUAUGUAUAUGAAAAUUUUCUAUACAAUUUUAAGGAAAUGUAAAUAUUUAAUAUCCCUUUUUAUACUUUUAUUAAUGUUUUAAUAGCCCUUUUUAUACUUUUAUUAAUGUUAUAUGGUUAAUUAAAGUACUUACUAUGUAAGAACCAACUUACUUUAUUCAGAAUGUUGUAGCUACAUUCUAAAUGCAGUCCUAGUUUAAGUUUUUAUUGUUAUUAUUCACAAGUAUUUAAUAAGCUGUUCUGUUACACCUUAAUACUAAUAAACAUAAAUAUUAAACAUCUGUUACAUUAGAAAAA